AUGGAAGACCAUGUAAGAAAGCACCGCGCGACGGUGCGAAGAGCUACACUGUUAUCUUCGCUGAAUCGAACUAAGGAAUUUCUGGACAACUUCAACGACGAACAGGACAGGCUCGAGGUGGCACUGCGUUUGGAGGACAUCAACGAAAUUCGGCGAGAACUCGAUGAGGUGCAAUCUACUUUGGAGGAAAUGGAGACCAGCGAGGAAGGUAUGGCUACUAACCAUGAGCGUAGAUCCUCCUUCGAGAGGCAGUUUUUUAAAAUAAAGGCUGGCCUUAUUUCCAAAUUACCCACACCCACUAUUUCUAAUGAUACGCAACUCCAAGGCUCAUUCCAUCGGGGUCCUUCCGCAAUCAGGGGUUUAAAAUUGCCGUCCAUUUCGCUACCGGAAUUCUCAGGAGAUUAUAAAGAUUGGCGUGUGUUUUAUGAUACAUUUUAUGCGUUAAUUCAUACAAACCCCGAUCUGCCUGACAUUCAGAAGUUCCAUUACCUAAGAGCUGCAGUGAAAGGGGAAGCAGCUCAGUUAAUUGAAUCCAUUGAUAUCAGUGCUGCAGAUUAUGCGAGCACAUGGGAUACGCUGGUCAAUCGAUAUUCAAAUGAAUAUCUAAUGAAGAAGAGGCGUUUGCAAGCAUUAUUUGACAUCCCUCGUAUGGAAAGGGAGACCGCUGUCGAUCUGCAUAUAAUUGUCGAUGUUUUCGAGAGGCAUGUAAAGGGCUUGAACCAAAUGGGAGAGCCAACGGACGCAUGGAGCACAAUUCUUGAACAUUUACUGUGCACGCGGCUUUACGACGACACACUUAAAGCUUGGGAGGAUUAUGCCUCAACCAUUAAUCAACCCACCUACAAAAAUCUUGUCGACUUUUUGCUUCGAAGAAAUCGCGUCCUAGAAUCGAUUUCCGUGAAUCACCAGCAUGUUCCACCACACCCUGUUGUUUGUUCUCAUGUGUCUGCUUCAAGAUCCGCUGCCCGUGGUAAUCCUCCAAACUUCGCAUCAAGUAGCUCUUCACUCAAAUGCCACGCCUGCGAGCAACGUCACCCGCUGUUGAAAUGUUUCAAAUUUGGCAAAAUGUCAUCCUCUGAUCGAUUGAAUGUUGUUAAUGCUAAACGACUAUGCUUGAAUUGUUUCCGUAGCACUCAUUAUGUCAGAGAUUGCCCUUCUCAAGAAAGCUGCCGCGUUUGUGGAAAGCGUCACCACACAAUGAUUCAUCCGGGUUACGAUGAAAAUUACCCCCGACCCACACCUGACUCUAGAUCUUCCAGAUUUGAGCAACCAACUCGGGCUGCAGUGCACCUCACUCAUUGCGAUGAUGAACCCGUUGAACCUGUCAUUUCUGCCACGACUACCGUUUGCCAACCCGAUUCCAUAAGCUGCACACCGUUAAGAACUCGAGGGAAGAAUGUUAUUCUGCCCACUGCCGUGGUUAUUAUCGUGGACUGCUAUGGCAAAGAACACUUUGCACGAGCUAUUCUAGAUUGCGCCUCACAGGCCAGUUUGAUAACGGAGCAAAUGGCUCAACUUCUUCGACUGAAACGAACCAAAAUGAGUAUGCUCGUAAAUGGAGUAGGAGAUCAACCAAUGCUGGCAACAGAAUCUGUGCUACCUGGUCAAAGCUUUCCUGUUGACCACUGGAACAUCCCCGAUGAUUUGUUUUUAGCGGAUCCCGGAUUUAAUAGAAGCAGUAGCAUUGACUUGCUUAUCAGCAACGAGCAUUUUUUCACGUUUUUUACGUCCGCUGGUAGAAUCGAACUUUCCAAGUCAUUGCCAAUAUUGGUCGAAAGUGUUUUCGGAUGGCUCGUAUCAGGUGCUGCGAACUCCGGAAAGCCUCCAAACGAUGCGUUCACGUACAACAUCUUAGCCGUACCAUUAGUAUCACUCGAAGCAAAACUGGAAAGAUUUUGGAAAAUGGAAGAAUUACCUGUUAGAUCUGAUCGUUCUCCACAAGAAAAGGAAUGCGAAGAAUUCUAUGCUAGAACUGUUUCUCGAAUGCCGGAUGGACGGUACGUUGUUCGCCUUCCACGACACCCGAAUUUUGGGGCAAUGCUGGGUCACUCUAAAGCAAUGGCAGAAAAACGGUUUGAACUGCUUGAACGAAGGUUAGAAAGGUCACCACAGCUAAAAAUGGAAUAUCAUAAAUUUAUGGCGGAAUAUCUUUCCCUUGGGCACAUGCGUCUGGUUGAAAAUGGAGAUCGCAACACUACGGUAGCAUGUUAUCUUCCGCAUCACCCCGUCAUUAAAGAAGCUAGUACCACCACUAAAGUGCGAGUCAUAUUCGAUGCCUCUGCCAAAACCACCUCCGGUUUCUCGCUCAAUGAGUCAUUGCUCGUUGGUCCUGUCGUGCAAGACGAUCUCAUCGCUAUCAUUCUGCGAUUCCGAACAUACCCCGUUGCACUUGUAGCGGACAUCGAAAAAAUGUACCGCCAGGUUUUGCUCCAUCCCGAAGACACAGCACUACAGCGCAUUUUAUGGCGUUUCAACCCAGAGCAACCAGUUCAAACAUAUGAGUUGCUGACUGUGACGUACAGGAUGGCUCCAUCUUCUUUCUUAGCCACACGCACGUUACAGCAGCUUGCAAAUGAUGAAGGGUUAGCAUAUCCAAACGGUGGGCCAGCUUUACGGAAGGGGUUUUAUGUCGAUGACUUCAUUGGAGGGGCAACAACAAUAUCAAAGGCGAUAUGCGUGCGCAACGAACUCAUCGAGCUGCUUGGAAAAGGAGGAUGCAGCAUACGCAAAUGGGCAUCAAAUGAACAGCGGGUAUUAGAGGAUCUAAAUGCAGACAAAAUAGCUGAAAUGACAGAACGUCGAUUCGAUACUGAAGAAACCGUUAAAACUCUCGGCAUAUGCUGGGAACCUUCACGCGACACCCUUCGGUUUGAUCCUGAAUUGCGACAGAAAGCAAGCAAACCAACAAAACGCUCAAUUCUUUCAGCCAUUUCGCAGCUAUUUGAUCCGCUGGGACUAGUUUCGCCUGUGAUUAUACGUGCCAAGAUCAUAAUGCAGCAACUUUGGUUAUUACCUUGCGGCUGGGAUGACGAAGUUCCGGAACCAAUCGUAUUGAAAUGGCAAAACUACGUUGAACAGCUCCAGAAACUUUCCCUAUUUCGUGUUGAUCGCUACGCCUUCCUCCCAAACUCAAGUGUGCAGCUACAUACCUUUGCCGAUGCUUCGGAACAAGCGUAUGGUUGCUGUAUUUAUGCUCGCGCAAUCGACACUCACGGUAAUAUUCGCGUGCAGCUAUUGGCCUCUAAAUCACGCGUGGCACCAUUGAAGCGAGUUACCCUUCCCCGCCUUGAAUUAUGCGCAGCAGACUUAGGAGCGAAACUCCACAACUGUGUCGUGACAGCUCUCAACAUCGAAGUGGCGGCUUCCUACUUCUGGUCAGACUCCAUGGUCACGCUACAAUGGUUAAAGGCGCAGCCAAGCACAUGGAAAACAUUUGUCGCUAAUAGAGUCUCUGAGAUGCAGACGAUGACACAGGGAUGUCUUUGGAAUCAUGUAGCUGGCAAACAAAACCCCGCAGAUCUAGUUUCAAGAGGAAUGGAAGCAGAUGAAUUUUUAGCCAGCAAACUGUGGACCAACGGACCCGACUGGCUUGCUUGGCCAGAAAACUUUAUGCCAGUCACAAAUAUUCCUGACUAUCCCGAGCAAGGAGCAGAACGUCGAAAGCAGCAGAUAAUUGCAGUAGUUAAUUUGCAGCCAGCCCACAAUCCUUUAUUCGAUAUAUGUUCUUCCUACAACCGUCUAGUCCGUAUAGUUGCAUACUGCCUCAGAUUUGUAAAAAACGCACGAGCAAAAACCCGUUCCCAGCCGAUACCUAUUGCCGAUCCGCUAUCCAGUCUGCUCUUAUCAGUCCAGCAUACAACUGCAGCAAACAUACGGCUAGUCCAAUUAGCUCAGGCAGAUGCAUUCAAACAAGAGAUAUGCGAAUUGAAAUCUGGCAAAUUUCUUUCGAAGCGCUCACACAUUCGCGCCCUAUGUCCAUUCAUUGACCCGGAAGGUACCAUCCGAGUGGGAGGGAGACUACGACUUUCAGAACAACCAUACAUAACCAAACAUCCUAUCCUCCUACCAAACUUCCAUCCAUACGCUCGCAUGAUAGCCAAGUGUUAUCAUCUGAAAUUAAUACACGGUGGAAGUCAGUUGACACUUGCCUCCUUGCGAGAGAGUUACUGGCCAGUCAACGGAAGAAGAUUGGUUCGAAGUGUGUUGCGAAAUUGCUUCCAGUGCGCCCGAGCCAGUCCUGUUCCCGUCGCUCAGCAGAUGGGACAACUACCUGUCCAUCGAGUCACCGCAAGCAGACCGUUCACAACAACAAGCGUCGAUUUUGCUGGCCCCGUGUAUUUGAAGCCGAUCCAUAAGCGCGCCGCUGCUGUCAAGGCUUACCUUUGCAUCUUCAUUUGUUUCUGCACAAAGGCUGUCCAUAUAGAGUUAGUCAGCGACCUAUCCACACAAGCAUUUCUGCCUGCACUUCGUCGUUUAAUCUCUCGUCGUGGUCGGCCUACUAACAUCUAUUCGGACAACGGCAAGAAUUUCGAGGGAGCGAGAAAUGAACUAGACGAAAUACGCCGCAUGCUGCACGACAACCGAAACACUAUACACGACGCUUGCUUAAAGGAAUGUAUCACCUGGCAUUUCAAUCCACCAAAGGCUCCACAGUUCGGUGGCCUAUGGGAAGCAGCAGUGAAAGUGGCCAAAAAGCAAAUGUACCGACAGUUGGGAAACACAAGACUAAAUUUCGAAGAUAUGGCAACGUUACUAGCUCAAAUAGAAGCUAGCAUGAACUCGCGCCCGCUAGUACCGAUGACGGAAGAUCCGAACGAUAUUUCCUGUUUAACACCCGCUCACUUCUUGAUCGGUGCCAGCUUGCACACACUACCGGAGCCCGACAUUCGUCAUAUUCCAAUGGGCAAAUUGGACCACUACCAGCACCUGCAAAGAAUUAAUCAACAAUUUUGGCAAUGUUGGCGGACAGAGUACCUGCAAGAGCUUCAACGUAUGACAAAGACCUGCAACCCGAAUACCGACAUUCAGCCAGGGCGAUUAGUCGUGAUUGUGGACGAAUUUCAAAUCCCCGUAAGGUGGCCUCUAGCAAGAAUCCUUUCCGUGCAUCCUGGGAAAGAUAACCUCACUCGCGUGGUGUCACUCAAAACGAGCCGCGGGAUCAUCAAACGCCCGGUGACAAAAAUCUGCCUGUUACCUUUGGACACUGUCGGCGAACUACCACCAGAGGAACAACUAAUCCAGUCCAACGGGUCCAAGUAA